GCCCGUCACUCGGGGGCCGGGGGCGGGCUCUGACGGGGGUCACGUGGUGCCGGGGAGACGGUUGGAGGAGCGGGAGGGAGAGAGAGAGCGAGCGGCCGCCAUGAAUAUCCGCAACGCCCGGCCGGAGGACCUGAUGAACAUGCAGCACUGCAACCUGCUGUGUUUGCCCGAAAACUACCAGAUGAAGUAUUACUUCUACCACGGCCUGUCCUGGCCACAGCUCUCGUACAUCGCUGAGGACGAGAACGGGAAGAUCGUGGGUUACGUUCUGGCAAAAAUGGAGGAAGACCCAGACGACGUCCCUCAUGGACACAUCACUUCUCUGGCGGUGAAGAGGUCCCACCGGCGUCUGGGUCUGGCCCAGAAGCUGAUGGACCAGGCGUCCCGAGCCAUGAUCGAGAACUUCAACGCCCGAUAUGUGUCCCUGCACGUCAGGAAGAGCAAUCGAGCCGCUCUUCAUCUCUACUCCAACACGCUGAAUUUCCAAAUCAGUGAGGUGGAGCCCAAGUACUACGCAGACGGGGAGGAUGCCUACGCCAUGAAGAGGGACCUGACGCUGAUGGCCGACGAGUUCCGGAAGCAAGCGGAUGUCCGUGACCGUCUCCGGCCCCCGGGGUCACUGGACCACCGGCCCCACCACCGAUCCAACCACUUCUCCGACUGUUGCCGUGACGACAAGUGCCCGGGCGGGGGUGGGGGCGGGGGGGGCGGCGGUGUCGGUGACGGCGGCGGCACGGGCGGCGGGGGGGGGAGCGCGGUGACGGUCGUGCCCACGGUGACCGGGGGGAGAGGCCGGGACGGAGCGGAGGACAGCGGAGACAGCAAGGACGUGAGCGAGGUCAGUGAGGCCACGGAGAGCACAGAUGUGAAGGACAGCUCGGAAACGUCGGAUUCUGCCUCGUAACGCGGGCGGGGAGAGCCCUCGUACUGCCCCUGCACCUCUCCCCUGCAUCGAGAGAAGGGAGACCUCCGCCUCGUAACGCCAGGGGGAAGAGCCCUCACUUCUCUCCACCUCAUCCCCUUCCCUCUACCCCCUCCAUCUGCGAGAGAUCUCAGACUUCUCCCCGUAACGCGGGGGGGGGGGGGGAGCCCUCUCAUAAAUCUCCCUCCCCUCCCAUCCCCCCCCCCCCCCAUUGGAACUUAACGCAGGAGGGGAGAACCCUGUCACAGCCCUCCCUGCCCUCAUCUCCGCUCCCAUCCCCUCUGCUCUCUAUUUCCCUCCCCCUCCCCAUUCCAUGUUGAGGCAGCCCCUUCCUAUGCCCGUGCCGUCCCAGUCAGCGUGGGUUUGUGGGCCCUCCAUCUGCGAGCAUUAUGCGGGGCCUUUGCCCACACACCACCCCAUCGGGCAGAGCGGUGGUGGCAGGGAAUUAUCACCCUGGUGGCUGUCGAUCUUGGCCUCCCGUUGCCCCCGGGCAGGGACAGAGUGGAUGCUGAAUAAACAAUAUUGAAAGAG